AUGGGAAGAUCUAAAUUACGAGGAAGCUCGCCAAUUUAUUUGAACCCAUCUCCUAAGGAGUUAUCACCAUCAUCACCGGUCUUCGUUGACUGGGACCAAGAAACUACAAUGGGCACAUCACGCCCAACUAGCCUGGCCAUACCACGGACUGGCUCACCAUUCACCAACCCACCAUCACUUGAGGACAUUCUUGCUAAUGUUGCGCCGCCGCCGUGGACACUGAGCUCUUUUAUGGCAUUCUUGUCUCAAAAUCAUUGCUUGGAAACGCUGGAGUUUAUUAUGGCCGCUGACCGAUAUAGGACGGCGUAUCAACAAUUCGCAGAAGGCAAGCCAUCGAAUGAUUGUUCGCAAAUAUGUUCAUUAUGGCGGAAAGUUAUUGAUGCCUACAUUAUGCCAUGCGCACCACGGGAAGUUAACUUGCCCUCACACGUUCGUGAUCGUUUACUUCAGCAUAAAUGCUGCAAGUCAAACCCACCUCACCCAAUUGAACUAGAUGAGGCAGUCCACAUUAUACAGGAAUUAAUAAAUGACUCGGUUCUCGUUUCAUUCAUUGAGUCCGUAUUGCCAGCUGUUGGAGCGCGAUCUGAGGAUUUCUCCUAUGACUCUAGGCACGGACGCUCGCGCCUUGACAUAUCCCCAGAAGGCCUAUCUGGUGAUGAAGGAGUUCAGUCACCUAGAGCCUCUUAUAUACCUUUUCUCAACAUUGGCCGAAACAGCAGUGCUGGGAAUCGCUCAACAUUAACAUCUGUCGAAUCGGUGGAUUUCGAUUUAAUGACUGAUUUCAGCAGCAGCCCAAAUUCGUGGUCUGGAACUGAAUCAAUGACACCACCUGUCACACCACCCACCUCGAGUUGUACGCGUAGCACCUCCCCUACUGCGUUGCAACGGGCAAUAACAGGCAGCAGCUGGAAAAAGAUGGGAGCAAAGCUGGGCUUGACGAAGAAGAGCAGCAAAUCUAUCCGUCGCACAACUUCAACGUCAAGUGACUGCGAGAGCAGCUCCAUGCCGACAAGGCAAGUGGCUGCUGACGAGACAAACACGUCCUGGGAGGAUCCUCACCCCGGUGAGAAGAUCCGAUUUCCACUCGGGGUAACUGCUGGAUCACACGAUAAUCCUCAGACUGUCAGUGGAGAUGUUGCGGGUGGCGUGGCCGCGAAAUCGCGGAGCGCACAGAAUGAGAAGGGACUGUGUGUAGUCCGGCGUACUUUUGGUGUUCGCCAGCGGAACAGUGCACCAAAACCGUUAAGGAUACCUGACAAGGUACUCGAAGAGCCGGAAUCGAAAUACAGCUCGCUAGCUUCUUCGGAACAUAAUAAUCAUACUGGCGCAUUAUCACCACCUCUUCUCUCUGAUUCUCUCCAGACUCUUGACUUUGAAACCGAUACAGAGACGGAAGUAGAUGGCGAUGGAGAAUUUGAUCAAGUCAGAGUGGCAACCGUCAGCCACCCUCAUCUGAAUGAUUUCUCGAAUUACCUCGACUUAUCACAAGAGGAGGAGGACGACGACGACAGGUCGGUAACUGUGGUUGAUCCCGAAGCCUUCACCCGACCUAAUUCUGUCGAUACUUAUGGUUGGGAAGAAGAGUUGAAUCGCAAGAUGGGGUGUCGAGUUGGUAGCGCGAGUACUCUAUGUCCGUGUCGCUAUCCAAGUCGGGAAAUAGAUGGUGGCAACAAGCGGGGCCUCCUGUAUCGCGUCUUUUCCGUGCCGACAAGGAGGACGAAUUCCGUGGUUUAG